AGAAAUGAUCUCAUUGCCCUCCUAUGUAAAAAACCAUUCCAUCGCACCUCAUUAGUGUUCUUCUACGCUACUUGCACAGAGAAUUAAAAGGCAUACUCAAUGCACGAGGCUCUCCCCACUACAAAUUCUAAAGAAAAUCAUAAUAUACGCAGCUUUUCCCUUGUUUUACGGAGGGGCUAUUUUCUUGCUCAAUGACCUCUCUCCCAUAAAUAAAAAUCUGCAUAAAAAGCUGAACAGUUGAGAUCAUCAGCUCUGUCGACUUAUGGGCACAACAUACAAAUCUGACCAUUCUUCAAGGGAACUUCUGUCAAAACAAAAACAAGACAGGAAUGUCCAACCCAAAGCCAUCUCACUCCAGGUUUCAUCCCUCUCACAGCGGUCCAAUUGUUUUAGCCGUUAAAUCUCAAAAGAGGGAAAACGGUUGGUUCCCGCCAAAUGCUCCCAACCUCUCUCUUGUCUCUGACCUGAAACCCCCCCCCCCCCCACUUUGCACCAACGACUCUUUCAAACCCAUUUCAAAACACAAUCUUUCCAACAAUGCCCCACCAUCAAUCCUCUCUGUAGAUUCUUCAUUAGUCCAACCUCUUCUCUUUCUUCUUCCCACCUUCCCUUUUUCAUGCUUGUGCCUUCUUCUUCUUCCUGUAUACAUGCAUAUCCUUCUCCAAACAACUCAUUCUUUGAACCCCAAUUUGUCACUCCUCCCUCCGUCACCUCUGACCCUUCCUUCAAUCUUUCCCUUCUACCAUGGGUAAUUGUUUCUCCCAUGGGAAUAAACAAGCCCCUAAAACCGAAAAAGCCGAAUUGAAAACCGGAAGUGAGGAUCCCAAUGCCGAGAAUGGAGCUCCUGAAAAUGUCUCCCCACCCAAGCUUUCCAGCGUUGCACCCACCCCUGAACCGCCCGCCAAGCAUUCGAAGCCUGUCCCCAUUGGACAUGUCUUGGGACGGCCAAUGGAAGAUGUCCGGGCAACCUACAAUAUAGGGAAAGAGCUUGGUCGGGGACAAUUUGGAAUCACCCAUCUUUGUACCCAUAAGGUCACAGGUGAGCAGUUUGCUUGCAAGACAAUUGCGAAAAGAAAACUUACAAACAAGGAGGAUAUUGAGGAUGUUAGGAGGGAGGUUCAGAUCAUGUACCAUUUGACAGGUCAACCCAACAUUGUUGAGUUGAAAGGGGCUUAUGAGGAUAAACAUUCAGUACAUUUAGUGAUGGAAUUGUGUGCCGGAGGAGAGCUCUUCGACCGGAUUAUUGCCAAGGGGCAUUACACAGAGCGAGCGGCAGCUUCAUUGUUGAGGACAAUUGUACAGAUUGUUCAUAAUUGUCAUUCAAUGGGAGUCGUACAUAGGGAUCUCAAGCCAGAAAAUUUCCUUCUGUUGAACAAGGAUGAGGAUUCCCCUCUCAAGGCUACAGAUUUUGGUCUCUCUGUGUUCUUCAAAGAAGGCGAAGUGUUCAAAGACAUCGUUGGCAGCGCAUAUUACAUUGCGCCUGAAGUCUUGAAGAGAAAAUAUGGUCCAGAAGUGGAUAUAUGGAGUAUUGGUGUCAUGUUGUAUAUACUUCUCAGUGGAGUUCCUCCAUUUUGGGCUGAGUCGGAGAAUGGAAUUUUCAAUGCAAUCUUGCGUGGUCAUGUUGACUUCACAAGCGAUCCAUGGCCCUCAAUUUCAUCUGGAGCAAAGGAUCUUGUCAGGAAGAUGCUACAUGCAGAACCCAAGCAAAGGUUGACAGCAUUCCAAGUUCUUAAUCACCCAUGGAUCAAAGACGGAGAUGCACCUGAUAUACCUCUUGAUAAUGCUGUCCUCAACAGGCUCAAACAGUUUAGAGCAAUGAAUAAGUUCAAGAAAGUUGCUCUUCGGGUUAUAUCAGGUUGUCUAUCAGAGGAAGAAAUCCAGGGACUCAAGACGAUGUUCAAGAACAUGGACACUGACAGUAGUGGAACUAUAACACUUGAAGAGCUGAAACAAGGACUCUCCAAGCAGGGAACCAAGUUAUCUGAGUAUGAAGUUAAACAACUGAUGGAAGCUGCUGACGCUGAUGGCAAUGGAACCAUAGACUACGAUGAGUUCAUCACAGCGACAAUGCAUCUGAAUAGAAUGGAUAGAGAAGAGCAUCUUUACACCGCAUUUCAGUAUUUUGACAAAGAUAAAAGUGGGUUUAUUACUACAGAAGAAUUGGAGCAAGCUCUCCGUGAGUUUGGCAUGCAUGAUGGCAGAGACAUCAAAGAAAUCCUUUCUGAAGUUGAUGGUGACAAUGAUGGUCGGAUCAACUAUGAUGAGUUUGUUGCAAUGAUGAGAAAAGGGAACCCUGAUCCAAACCCCAAAAAGCGACGUGACGUAUUUGUUUGAUGGGGGGGUGGCAAUGGUCUAUAGCAAGAGAAAAGAAAAUUCCAAUUGAGAUAGUUUUGUGUGUGACAUUAUAUAUAUAAUCUCCCAGAUGUUGUCAUGGUGGGGAAGUUGUGAAUAUGUGAAAAUUCAAGAAUGGGUGAUACUCAUGUACAAUAUUUGAAGAGGAAAGGGAGGGGAUUGGGGUUGGGGUUGGGGUUGGGGAAGGAAAUGAACAGAACCAUUUGUAAAUUAAAAGGUGAUGUAGUUUGAUGCUUGUGGGGUUGGUUUGCAGUUUUUUUCCCUCAGUAAACAAUGUAACCAUCCAGCAGAUAUAGACUACUAAUGCCUAGGAAUCCAAGUUCAUUUUUCCUUCUCUCA